AUGAGUUCUUUGAAGCAAUUCAUCCGCAAUGUUCGUGCCGCCAAGACCAUCGCCGACGAACGUGCCGUCAUUCAGAAGGAGAGCGCUUCGAUCCGAGCAAGCUUCAGAGAAGAGAGCGGAGACCACAGCAUCGAAUGCCUGAAGCUCCUGGCCUCGCCCCGGUUCGCCGACAAGCGCCUUGGACAUCUAGCUACAAGUUUACUGCUUGACGAGAACCAGGAGGUUCUGACGCUUGUGACCAACUCGUUACAGAAUAGCGACCUUGCCCACUCGAACCAGUAUGUCGUCGGUCUGGCCCUCUGCACUCUCGGCAACAUUGCCUCCAUCGAAAUGUCCCGAGACCUGUUCCAGCAAGUCGAGUCCUGCAUCAACACGUCGAACCCUUAUAUCCGGAGAAAGGCCGCCCUGUGUGCUAUGCGGAUAUGUCGCAAGGUUCCGGACCUGCAGGAGCACUUUGUCGACAAGGUCAGCAACCUCUUGGCUGACCGCAAUCACGGCGUUCAGCUGUGCGGCCUGACUCUGGCCACUAGCUUGUGCGAGGCCGACGAGGAGGAAGGUGGGGAGGAAGGUGUUGUUGAAAAAUUCAAGGUGUUUGUGCCGAAUUUAGUCAAGACUUUGAAGGCGCUCGCAACCUCUGGCUACGCUCCCGAGCACGAUGUCACGGGCAUUAGCGAUCCAUUUGUACAAGUCAAGAUCCUCCGCCUCCUGAGGGUUUUGGCAAUGGGCGACGCUCGAGUCAGUGAGCAGAUCAACGACAUCUUGGCACAAGUUGCGACGAACACAGACUCAUCCAAGAAUGUCGGGAACUCCAUCUUGUACGAAGCUGUCCUUACGAUUCUCGACAUCGAGGCGGAUUCCGGUCUCCGCGUGCUUGGUGUCAACAUCCUGGGCAAGUUUCUGUCCAACCGCGACAACAACAUUCGCUAUGUCGCUCUCAACACCCUCAUCAAAGUGGUCGCCAUCGAGCCGAACGCUGUGCAGAGACACCGCAACACCAUCUUGGAAUGCUUGAGGGAUCCGGAUAUCAGCAUUAGGAGGCGUGCACUUGAACUCAGCUUUACACUCAUUAACGAGAGCAACGUGCGGGUACUCAUCCGAGAACUUCUUGCGUUCUUGGAGGUCGCCGACAACGAGUUUAAGCCGACGAUGACAAGCCAAAUAGGUAUUGCUGCCGACAAGUUUGCGCCCAACAAGCGGUGGCACGUCGACACGAUGCUCCGGGUUCUUACGCUCGCUGGCAACUACGUCAAGGAGCCCAUCAUGUCUUCUUUUAUCCGGCUAGUCGCCACUACUCCUGAACUGCAGACAUACGCGGUUCAGAAGCUUUAUGUUAAUUUGAAGAAGGACAUCACGCAAGAGAGUCUGACGCAAGCCGGAGCCUGGUGUAUCGGCGAGUACGGAGACGCUCUUCUGAGAGGUGGUCAGUAUGAAGAAGAGGAACUUGUACGAGAGGUCAAGGAACACGAGCUCAUUGACUUGUUCACGACCAUCCUCAACAGCAACCACGCCACACAGGUUUCGACUGAGUAUAUCGUUACGGCGCUCGUCAAGCUGACGACGAGGCUGACGGAUUCCGCCCAACUCGACCGGAUCCGCCGGCUCCUUCAGGUUCACCAGACGAGCCUGGAUGUUGAGGUUCAGCAGAGAGCGGUCGAAUACAGCAACCUGUUGUCUUACGAGCAGAUUCGCAUCGGUGUGCUCGAGAAGAUGCCGCCUCCUCAGAUCAAGGAAGAAUCUCGUGUGCUGGGCGCAGCGACUUCGACCAAGAAGGCCAAGGCUGCCAACAGGAAGUCCAGGGUCAUCAAGCCUACUGAACAGGACCUGCUUUUUGAUCUCAUGGACACCCCGACGACGACGACACCGGCCGCCAGUGGAGCAUCUAACACCGAUCUUCUGGCGGACAUUCUCGGUGGCGCCUCCUCACCGCCUCCUACCUCGACCUCCCCAGCUCCUCAGCAGUCCAACACGGCUUCGAUCAUGGACCUAUUCUCACAAGGACCUGCCCAGUCAACGGCUUCUUCAGCCCCGGCAAUGGGCAGCUCAAACCUGGAUUUGAUGUCGUCCAUGUCCGCUAUGACAACUCCUCCACCCCAGUCACAGGCUGCUCCGCAGGCGCCCGCAGGUCUACCCGUUUACGGCAACAACGGCCUGAACCUCAGCUUCCAGAUUCAACGCAAUGCCGAGGGCUUGGUUCAGGUCAUUGGUCGGUUCAAGAACGCUGGACCCGUUCCUCUUUCGAACGUGGGGAUGCAAGCGGCUGUCCCCAAGACACAGAAGCUUCAACUCAUGGCCAUUUCCAGCACGGAUGUCGGACCUGGUACCGAAGCCAUCCAAAAAAUGAUUGUUUCUGGGGCCAAGGGACCGCUACGGUUACGUCUGAGGAUCGGAUAUGCCCAUCCGGCCGCUGGAGAAGUGAUGGACCAGGUGAACUGGACUGAGCCGUCUUAG